UCGUAAGUUUAGCCCGGCCCAUUGAUUGUUUGGAUCGUGGAAGAGUCCGAUCAAGAUCUCAAUUUCGAAGACUUGGCUUCGAAGACUUCGCCGCCGGCUCUGCUCUGCCUCUCCGCUCAUGGCCUCGUCGUCCGAGGGAGCUGACGAUGGGGUUGGCUCCCUCUUUGAGGGCAUGGUCCUCUUCUCCUCCUCCAUCGAUCUUUCGCUUCCUCAAGUAGACGAGUCGCCGCCAUCCGCCGUCGCCACCGUCACUUCCCAGCCACCACCUUCCCCCCAGUCGAAAGCACUCGAUGAAGACCUUUUCUCCGAUCUCACCCUGCAGGCCCCCUCAUCCCCUCCGCCAGUCCUCGAUUCUCCUAAGACGACUCCUAUUCCUCAGUCCUCGACUGUCCAGCCUCUCGUCCUUGUCUCUCGCCAGGCCUCCCGAAAGAAAAAACGAGCCGUUCGCAUCGGCUAUGCACGAGAAUCUCUGGCUGCCGCAUCUUUGGACGACGCCCGUCGUCUCUCCGAUCCUUCUUUUAGCAGUUCUUCUGACCCGCCGUCCGCAAUUGGAACGACCUCUGAUUCAAAGGCGCCAAUGGUAGACGAGACGCCUAUUGCUUCUUCGCCCCGUUCUGUUGGUGGAGAUGUAGGUGCUGAUCCACAUCAAGAAACGGACACACAGGUGGAGGAGGACGAUCCGCCUCCUGCAUCUCCUAGUCCUGAGCCUUUGGGACAACAAAAAGAUGAGGGUAGCUCCUACGAAGUUGUUGUCAAAGGAGACAGCAGUCAACCACCCCCAGAUGGAGUAGAAGAAGCAACUCUCUCCGUGGGCGAAUCUGCUGCUAAAGGAGACGUCUUUGGCUCGGCAGAGGAAAGACUCCUUCUGGUCAGGGCUCGAAUCUCUGAAAAGCUCCAAUCUAUCCGGAAAAAAACAUCUUCGGCUUAUGCGGAGAGGAAGGAGUUGGAGAGGAAACGGCGGAUGAUAGUUGAGAGCGUGAAUACUGCUUCAUCUAGGCAUAAGGACCUGGAAAGUGAGCUUGAGAUAGCCUGCGAGUCUGAGGACUUUGAGAAGGCGGAGAAGGUCAGCAAUGACAUUGCAGCCGUUGAAGUGGAAAAGGACAAGCUUUUGCUCUCAUUGAAGGAUGCUGAGGCCGAUUGUGAGCGUGCCGAAUCUAAAAUGCAGGAAGUGCUGGAAGAGCAAAUAGUGGCAGAGGAAGAAGGUAUUACGCAGCUGGAACAGUUUGCUAAGGUUGCAGCUGAUAAUGCAGACUGUAUCCUUAAAAAUGCAGAGGAAGUGUUUAAUAGAGAACAAGAAGAAUGGCAAUCAUCAGCUGAAUUGUUGGACAUUAAGAAGCUAGAAAUGAAUGUUGAAUCACAAUUAAUAUCAGAAGUGCAAACAGGAUUGGAAAAUGCAAUAGAAGAUCUGGUUAAGCACGAAAGGGCUGAAAAAGAAAUACUGACAAGAAAAGGUGUUAUUUUGGCAAAAGAAUUGGAUGAACUACUUCAAUUAGUCAGAUUGAAGGAAGCUGAAAUUGCAGAAAACAAGUCUCAAAUUGAAAAUGUUGAGGAGAGAAUUUCUAAUACAGUUUCCUUGUUCAACGAAUCCAGAUCUAGUAUUGAGACCAAGCUCGAAGAUAUGCAAUCGGCCUCUCGCAAGGUAGAAUCUGAAAAUGAUGCGUUAGUGAUAAGACAGAAGGAAAUUAAUGAAGUUAUGUGUUCAGCACAAAAGAUGAGGGGAAAGAUAAUGGAACUUUCUUCUGUUUCCUCUGAUGAAGCAAAAACUUAUCAGGAUUCAGUCGUUUUGAAAAAAAAGUUGGCAUCUUUGAUUUUGAAGUCACGGGAGGAUAGAGUGAGGUUCUCAAAGACAGAGGAAAAUAUUCUGGAAGACAUACAGAUACUAAGACAACAAAUUUCAGCUGCUAGAAGUGCUCUGCAGGAGCUAUCUUCAACCAGGGCAAGCAUCCAGCAAGAAGUUUCACUAUUCAAACAGAGAAUAGGCUUCAUUGAGAAAAGAGUCCCUGAGCUGGAGGCUGAAAAGAAAGUUGCUGCUACUGCCAGAAAUUUUAAGGAAGCAGGGCGGGUUGCAGCUGAGGCUAAGGCAUUGCAGAGUGAAAAGGAGGAUUUACAAGAUAAACUGGAGAAGGCCGUCUUGCACUUAGAAAAACUGGAAGAGGAUAUCAAAGGAAAUGUAGACAAAAUACAGGAUAAUGAAGUUUUACUUUCCGUCAAAGAGAAAGAGGCUGCAUUGGCUGGCUGUAACAGACUUCAACUAGUUGCUUUGGCCGCCAGGGCUGAAAGUUUAGCUGCUCUUCAAUUGGGCGAUGUCGAAGAAGGCAAUAUAUUACUUAAAGAAGCUGAAGCUGCAGAGUCCAAAGUGAUUGAACUUCAAAAAGACUAUGACCUUGACAUGGAGGUGGAUGGAAACAACCUCUUAAUAAAACUCGAUGGAAUCGAACUAUCUGAUUUCUACUCAAGUGGUAGAUAAUGGGUUGAGAGUUUGCAACACAGGCAAGGUUUUCGAGACCAUCUAAAUGUUGUGAGACAGCAACAAUGUGAAGAUGCUACCCAUGAGAGUUCCAGUGAGAUCCUAUUCAUAAAUACUUAUGUGAUUGAUUACUUCUCGGCUUCUCGGCUUUCACUUGAGCAGGGAUGGUUUCCUUGUUUACACCUUUGUAUGCAAUUCCUCCAGUUGCAUCGUCUCAAUUCUCAUUUCAAUUGUAAUAAUCAGCAAGUUUAGAUUAAACAGGUUGAGGAUUUUGUUGCGAUUUUUUGUGUUUGACUAGUAUAUAAAUUUGUUACCUUGCUCCUUUUGGUC